GUUGGUUAGGACUUGUGAUCAAGAUUUGCAACGUGGACGCCAGAGGAGGAGGAAAUUAUGGAUGAAAAUGUCGAUGCUGAAUUCCAUGAGAAGUUGGCCUUAGAGAAAAAGAAACUUGACAGAGAACGUAGAAUAAGGAAAACAUAUGAAGCUCUUGCUCCAGAAACAGAGACCCUCGAAGAAACCUGUCCAUAUGAUAAACCGCCGUCAGUCCCUGGAACGAAAUCUCCUGGAAUUGCCGCAAGUUCCCCAAAUGCCGAAGGUCACGAACAAACUGAAGAGGAACUACCGGAGGAAGCGACUACAAGCAAUGAUAUUGCACAAUCAACUCAUGAAAAUGAAGAUAUGCAAGAAAUUAAGAAAGCACAAUAUCAGUAUACAGGACUGCUUAAUGAUCAAGAAAAGAAAUUGACCUUACUUGUGGAGAACAUGCUAUGCCCAUAUAUCUCAAAUGAAAAACGUCAGCAAUUGGGAAAAGAUCUCGAAGUAUUGCAAAACGAGCUCACAGAAACAAGCAACAGUUUGUAUGAUAUACUGGAAACACAGCUGCAUAUGGCAGAUACAAAUAAUGAAUUGGACACAGCUGAAGCUGAAGGUCUCGUGGAUAGGCCAGCACGGGUACGCCGGAUGCCGCGACCAAGCAAAACGGACAAAGCACCACAAGGUGUGUGUGCAAGAAGGCGAGCUGAAAAAAAAGGAAUGGUAACAGAACCCUAUUUCAGAGACUUACCAGCAACAGAAUCAGAUUCUGAAGCAGGGACAUGCAAAAAAAGGAGAACAGCCCACCACAGUGAUGUUGACCGCACACUUGUGAAUGAAGUUAGCGCAGAAUUUGUGACCGUGAUGACGUAUGGAAUAGGCAAGAUAUGAAGCCCACCACUAUUACAUUACACCGAAUUAGGCUUUAGAAAGUGGUAAGACAUUCAUGCUACACACAGAAAGGGAACAUCUGAAGAUCAUGGAGAAUCAUCUACAAUCACAGAGAAGAAUCCUGAAAGGAUUCUCAACUCAGAGUACAAUAAUGUGACAACAACUUCAACCAUCCAGUAUGUUAAUGCAUGUGGAAAUUCACAGCAGUGGUGAAAGGGACGCGAGUGAAGAAAAGUCAACAAAUUGACAAAAACUCAUCACAAUGUGGCACCUUCAUGAAUUGUACUGUGUUUGAUUAGCAAUGGCAAUAAAGGGUCUUUCA